UCCCGGGGGCGAUGGGGCCACGCAGGGAGGGGCCGGGACGGGGAUGGAGACAGGGACGAGGACGAGCCGCCGCCACAGAGAGCGAGGAAGAGGCGGCCGCGGAGCAGCCGCGCGGGAGGCUGGAGCCGGCGGAGGAGAGUUCUGGCUCCAGCGACGAGAGCGACGACGUUGGGAGCGUGGCGGGGACUGGCGGGAAAGAUCAAUCUGACAUGUCUUUUGAGGAACUCCUGCGGGUGCAGAGUGAUGCAAGGAUGAAAAUGAGCAAGAAGGUGCCUGGUGGGAAGAAAACUGUGAAGCCUACCAAAGCUACACUGAAGCAGCAACAAGGCAAAAAGGGGCCAUUGGAGAUGUCAGCCAAGAAGCCUGUACCUUUCCUGCGACAAGUCAUCCCUGUUAGGAAGAAGGUCCAGAGAGACCCUCGAUUUGAUGACCUGUCUGGAGAAUAUAAGCCUGAAAUAUUUAUGAAGACAUACAGCUUCCUGGAGAGCAUCAAGAAGCAGGAGAAGGAGAUGGUUCAGAAGCAGCUGAAGAAAUGCCGGAACAUGGAACAGAAGGAGAAACUUCAGCGGCUCCUGAACCGUAUGACACAGCAGGAACAGGCACAGAAGAAACAGCAGAAGUUGAGAGAGAGGGAGCUGUCUUUGAAAAGACAACAGAGGGAAUUGGCCAAGCAGGGAAAGAAACCUUUCUUCCUAAAGAAAUCUGAGAAGCGGAAAUUGGAACUAGCUGAGAAGUAUGCAGAGCUGAAGAGGAGCGGAAAGCUGGAGAGCUUCCUGAACAAGAAGAGGAAGAGGAAUGCCAUCAAAGACAAGCGCCAUCUGCCCUCACAGAAGAAUUUGUAACUGUUGGACAGUCAUGCUGUUGUCUGGCACUGGCUCAUUUGGCCUUGGCCAGGCCUGGAGGAUGGUUAUCCCUCUUCCCAGGAUCUGCCUUCCACUGUACAGUGAUGCUGUAAGGCAGCAGAGCAGGGUCUGAACUGAAGGAACUAAUGGGUUUUUUUGUAGCUGAAAUAUCUGCUUUGCUUGUGGUUUAGCUAAUGCCUGGGUGGUGACAAGUGUGUCAUGCUGAUGGUGAUGACAGCUGUCUUUGCUCUUGCACCUGCUCAUUUCUAACUCUAGCAAGGAAAGCGUGAGUCCUGCCCUGCACUGCUGACUUUACUCCAGGUUCUUUCAGACUUCCACUGAGGCAGAAAAGGAUGUGGGACGAUCCCUGCUCAGAGCAGCAACCCUUAUCAGAUUGCCCAAGGCUGCUUUGGUGGGAUCUCGUAAUGUCCAAGGACAGAUGACUUCACCUCUUUUGGCCUCUGCUGUACUGCUUCAGGUUCUCAAGAUGGAACUUUUUGUUUCCUCAUCCAGGAAACCUGCCUGGUGUUAGUCCAUAAUAAUUGUUUUGUUCUCAGUGAA